UGGCGCCCCUCCCCUCCUAUCCCCUCCUCCCUCCCUGCUCCCUCCCUCCCCCCCUCUCCUUUGCUCCCUUCCGGCCCCCGUUUCCGCGCGGAUCCCCAGCCAUGACCGUCUCCGAGUCCGGGGCUGCCUCGACCACCACGGUACACAAGAAGGCACCAGCCCAUCCCCAGCGGAAGGUCGCCGACAAGGGCAGCCACAACAAGGUCUCCAGCGGGAGGACGUCGCCAGCCAACCGCUCGCCACGGAUUUCGGACUCCUCGCUGACGAUCUUCCACCGGCACUCGCCGAAAGCCCCCUUGAUGCCCUUCCUCCUGGAGGCCUGGGUGAAGCCAAGCGUCCGCCGGCCUCUGCCUGACGUCAAGCCAGCUCCAGUGGCUGCGCCGGGGCCCCGCAGCCAGCACCCGCCCUCCUACCUGGGCUGGAUCCGGCUGGCAAUCCUCGGCUUCGCGCUGCUGGCCCUCCGUGACGCCCUGGACUCGAUCGUCACGCAUGGCUGGCUGACCCCCAUGUACCUGUUCACCAACUUCGCCCGGGACCUGGUCAACAUCCCGGGGCUGCUGGCAUCGCCGUCCGUGCAAAUCCUUUUCUCCUUCAACCUCUUUGUCCUGGCCGGCUGGCUGAUCCAGCGGACCGCUCACUCCAUCUACGAGAAGACCGGGCGCCUGCACACCGGGCUAUUCUUCACCCUGCGUGCAUUGCUCUCUUGCUCGUGCCUGGCAUUCACCACCUGGGCCAUGGUCAACUGGGACACCAACAUCUGCUUCAACGCGGUGAACAUCAUCAUCAUGGCUUCCCACUCUGCGAAACUCUGGUCGUACGGUGCUGUGAACGAUGGCCUCCGCUUGGCCGCCAAAAUGGCCGAGACUGAUCCCACCAACACCAAGUAUUCGCAGAUCGUGGCCGACAAGCUGAAUAACUACCCGAAGAAUCUCACCCUCGGGGAUGCCUUUUACUUCUCCCUGGCGCCGACCCUUUGCUACCAGCCGAUCUUCCCUCGCACCCAGUCCAUCAACUGGAGCUUUGUCGCGCUGCGCUUUGUCGAGUUCCUCUUCUUCUGCGCUCUGGAGGUUUUCCUGGCCCUGCAGCUGAUGCAGCCUGCCCUGCAGGGCAGCAUCGUGGCCUUCGAGCAGGGGGACUACCUGGCUCUGGCGGCCCGCAUCCUCCAUAUCAUGGUCCCGAACAUGCUCAUCUGGCUGGUGGGCUUCUAUGCUUACUUCCAUGUUUUCCUCAACAUGACUUCUGAGCUGCUCCGCUUCUCGGACCGGCAGUUCUUCUCCGACUGGUGGAAUGCCACCACCGUGGCGUACUUCUGGCGCAGCUGGAAUGGCCCGGUGCACAACUUCAUCGUCGCCCAUGUGUAUCUCCCCCUGCAGGAGUCCGGCGCGGCAUCGCGCGUCCUGGCCGGCCUGCUGUCUUUCAUCAUCUCGGCUCUGGCGCACGAGGCUCUGGCCGUCGUGCCCCUGGGCCUGAUCGGCAAGGCCCCGCCAUACGCCAUGCUGGCCAUGCUGGCCCAGCCACUGGCCGUGGUGGCCACCGCCCGCAUGAAGAAGACCCUCCUGGGGAGCCUCUUCUUCUGGUCGACGCUGAUCAUCGGCCAGCCGGCCGUGGUUUUCCUCUACUUCAUUGCUCACACAAAGGCCUACUCGGCGUGAGCCAAUCCUGUCUCUCUUCCCGCCCUCUCUCUCUCUCUCUC